AUGGCGACAGCUGACAAGUGGGGAACUGCCAAUUCCAUUGGCAGACAAGUUCAGAUUGAAACUGUUAUCGUAGAAGCCACGCUUCAGCAGAAAGUAAAGGAAGUGGAGAAGCUACAGGAACAAGGACAUGUGGUGGCAAUGGUUGAUGGUAGUAGAAGCAAUUCACUUGCACUUGUAGCAGCAGAUGUUGGAAUAGCAGUUGGAGCACGCACCGGCAUCGCAAUGGAGGCAGCUGAUAUUGAUCUCACAAAGGACAACUUGGAGGAUGUCGUUACCGCCAUAGACCUUUCCAGAAAGACAAUUUCUCUUAAUCAUCUUAAUCUCCUAUUUGCUUGUGUUCAUAACUUCCUUGGCAUUUCAAUGGCUACUGCUGCCCCUUUCCUACUUGGAUUUAUCUUGCAGCCAUGGAUUGCUGGAACGAUAGCUACAUGCUCUUCACUCGGGUUGGUCUUGUCUCCCUAUUUGUUGAAGAACUACAAAAGGCCCAAGAAACUGGAAAACCUUGAGAUUAACGGAAUAAGAGUUGACCAAUAA